CUUUAUCAGGUACAUUACACCUGCUGAAACGUUAAUGGGCCGAAUCGAGAACAUAAAUACCAAGCAGAUAAAAUGCCGGGACCCUAUUCUGGUCAUUCUGAUGAAGCAUACCCAGAGGUUUUCAACCUGCCGGCUAUGCCACCCCAACCAAAGAAAAAGAAACCUGGACAACUGUCUGAAGAAGCAAUAAAACAAUUCUUUGAAGAGGGAUAUGUCGUAGUGAAGGAUUUUUUCUCCCCCAGUGAACUCGAACCCUGUAGAAAGGCUCUAGAAAAGCUUGUAGAUGAUGUGGCGCAGCGACUGUACAAAGCUGGCAAAAUUUCCAGUUUGUACGAUGACUGUGAUCUUUUCCAUGAACGAUUGCAGAAAAUGGACAAGGAAUGGCCAGGUGCAGCCAUCUUAGUGAUCAAAACACAGGUCUUGCCACAAGCAAUGAAAGAUAUUUGGACAAAUAAGCGAUUACUAAAUGUAGUUGAACAGCUAAUAGGACCAAAUAUAGCAGGAAACUGUGUGUUCAACAUGCGUUCUAAACUGCCACAACAUGAGCCUACAGUCGUUCCUUGGCACCAAGAUAAUGCAUAUUUUGACCAUGACGCAUACAAACAACUGAUACCAACAGCCUGGAUACCAUUUGUUGAUGCCAACGAGAAGAAUGGAUGUCUCCAGUUUCUCUGCCGUGGACAAAAGAGCGGACGGACGGCUGAUCACACGUGUUGCUGGCAGGGAACCUGGUACGUCAUGUUAGAAGAAGAGGAGAUGACGAAAUCACUAGGGGUGGACCUGGAGAAGGAUCUCCGUUUGGUUGAGGUUCCUUAUGGUGGAAUGGUGUUAUUUAGCAAUGCAAUACCUCAUCAAAGUUUACCUAAUGUAUCCAACGAGAUCCGAUGGUCCAUGGAUCUUAGGUGGCAAGAUGCCAAUAAACCGUCAGCCUUCCAUGGACUGAAAGAAGCAGUUGUGUUCCGAACGGAACAAGAUCCUAAUCACGUAAUUGACUGGGAAUCUUUUGACGCAGUGGAUCGAACUGAUGUCCAGCUGAAAGCUGUAGAAGAUAUUCGGGAGGACAAACCAGAAGAGGGAUUUGAUACACUGAUUUCUGGUCCGUGGAUGAAAAUGUGGGAGAUUACCAACACAAACAGACAUGUGGUUAUCUGAAGCUUUCUAUUAUCUACAUCAAAUUUCAUUGUUAUCGGUGUAACGAUUACAAACUCAAAUAUUUGUACACUUGCUAAUAAAUGUGUGAAUAUUUGUAACUUACUAGAAUUGAUUGUAGUGGUGUUUUUUUUUCAGAAAUAAAAUUUUUAUUGUAUUAUUCCUAAA